AGGGGGACGAGAGCGAGAGAGAGGAAGGCGUUAUCUUCAUGGUAGCCACGAGCGCUGCUUCAUGGCGGAACCGACACGUGUCAACGGAAACUUCCAUUUGUAUUAGAUAGCCCUAUCCCCCUUUCUCUCUUCUUCCCUACCUCUAAUGUGUAUAAAUAUUCCAGCACAAGAAUCAUCGGCUUCUUCUUCUUGUUAGAGAGAGAGAGAGAGAGAGAGUGUGUGAAUAAAGAGAAUUGCAGAAGACAAGGGAAGGGCAAGAAAACAUGGAUCAUGCAGCGGACGCUUAUCGGACGGAUUUGAUGACAAUAACUCGGUUUGUUCUGAACGAACAGACAAAGCAUCCUGAAUCGAGAGGAGAUUUCACCAUUCUUCUCAGCCACAUCGUCCUCGGUUGCAAGUUCGUCUGCACUGCUGUUAAUAAGGCAGGGCUGGCGAAACUCAUCGGACUUGCUGGAGAGACCAAUGUCCAGGGCGAAGAACAAAAGAAAUUGGAUGUGCUUUCGAAUGAAGUUUUCGUUAAGGCUUUGAUAAGCAGUGGCCGAACAUGCAUUCUUGUUUCAGAGGAGGACGAGAAAGCAAUUUUUGUGGAACCAUCAAAGCGUGGAAAUUAUUGUGUUGUUUUCGAUCCAUUGGAUGGGUCUUCUAACAUAGACUGUGGUGUUUCCAUUGGAACGAUUUUUGGAAUCUAUAUGGUGAAAGAUACCAAGAAACCAGCUUUAGAUGAUGUGUUGCAACCUGGGAAGAACAUGCUAGCAGCUGGCUAUUGUAUGUAUGGAAGCUCUUGCACGUUUGUUCUGAGCACUGGAAGCGGCGUCAAUGGUUUCACUCUUGAUCCAUCACUCGGGGAGUUCAUAUUGACUCAUCCAGACAUAAAGAUUCCAAAGAAGGGAAAAAUAUACUCAGUAAAUGAAGGAAAUGCCAAGAAUUGGGAUGAACCGACGGCAAAGUAUGUGGAGAAAUGCAAAUUCCCUGAGGACAGUUCAUCUCCAAAGUCUCUGAGAUACAUUGGAAGUAUGGUAGCUGAUGUCCACCGUACAUUGCUCUAUGGGGGUAUCUUUUUGUAUCCUGCAGAUAAGAAGAGUCCAAAUGGAAAACUACGUGUUCUGUAUGAAGUUUUUCCAAUGUCUUUCUUGAUGGAACAAGCAGGAGGUCAAGCUUUCACAGGCAAGCAACGGGCACUUGACCUGCUUCCGACAAAUAUUCAUCAACGAUCUCCCAUCUUCCUUGGCAGCUAUGACGAUGUUGAAGAGAUCAAAGCACUCUAUGCUGCUGGAGGGACAAAAGCAUAACAUGCAAAUCCCGUAUUUUCUCUUGAUAUUGUCAGUAUCUUCAAAUCUAUUGGCCAGUAUAAUAACUACUCUCCAUUAAAAGCGCUGCGACUUUUUCAUAAAGCCUCUUUGUAAUGGAACCAGUCAUUUAUGAGUUAAAUUUUGGUUAUACAUUCCCAAA